AUGAGUGAUACCGAAUCUCAAAAAGGCGAAUUACCAAAAACUCAAAGACAAGAUUCGAUAACGUCACUGGCAGACAUAAUUAGCAAAUUUGAUGAGAAGGUACAAGAAGAAACAACUCCGGGUCCACCGCCGCGCCCAAAUCUAUAUUUGUUAGCGGCACAAAAAGCAUUAAAGUACCUUAUGUGGCAUUCUUUUAUUUUUAUGAAUAUCUACUGGAUAAUUGGGUCAAUCCUUCUUGUGGUGAUACAAUAUAACUUAUCGGUGGUUUCUAGAAUAUGUUUAUCAUUGUGCAUAGCAUCAGAUGUGGUCGUGAUAUUACGAAUUUUUGUAAGACUUACGACAGACAACGAAUCGAAUUUAACACUAGUAAAGACAUUUUUGUUCCUAAUUUUAGCAAUCGGUAGGCAAGAUUUACGACAUCUAUCAGACCAUCUGCGACAACACCUUCAAAGUGAUGUACUUGACAUCCUAACGAUGCUAAAUACACAACUCUCGAUCCCAUUUCUCGUGUUAAUUAUAAGUGAUGGAAGAUGUGUGGCAGAUUUUCUGUGUCAUUGGUUUGCAAUAUCAAUUUUGGGUGCUGCUAGUUUAAUUUCGUUGAAAAGUCUUACUCUAUUGGUUUUUUAUUAG